AUACACCAGACAAGUACAUUGAGUUUAUAAGGGCCGUGUACACUCUCUUGACUGAGCAGAUAGGGGGUAUUAAAUUUACACUAGAAAACAUGGCAAUGCGCGAUGAAGUGCUUGGAAAAUAUUUUAUAAGAAGAAAUGCACUUUGGGGGUUAAAAAACCAUACAGCGGCUAUUUGUAAUCUUAAGGAAACAAUAGACAGGUAUAGAAAUUGCCCUUUUAUUGAUUCAGUAGAGCUACCAACAUAUACUCGAGUAAAGGCAUAUGAUAGAGAAAAUGGCAGAGAAAUAGAUGAUGAUGCCCAAAUGUACAUUAAUCAAGUGGAAGUAACUAUAUUGGGACUGGUGUGCUGUUUAAUGUAUGACUCAGAAACGAAAAGGUACACCACAGACCAUCUGCCAACAAAAAAAGAAACAGAGCCACUAAAACAAUUUUUUGAGAAAUAUCCAGUGCCAACAGAGAGUACUAGCCGUGAGAUGCAGCAGGAUUGGUGCAGAGUAAUAGCAAGCUCAAAGAAUGAUAAGAUUGUGUAUACCAGAGAAGGAAAGAAUCAAUUGGCAACCGGCUUGUUAAACAUGCUAUAUGUUGUGUCAGAUAUAACUGGAAGCAUAGAAGAAGUGCUUAAAGAAAUCGAGAAUAUGACAAUUGCGCGUGAUAGU